CCCACCUACCUUUCCCCAACAGCCAAGCAAAAACCCUGGAGAAAUUCCAGCACUGGGCAGGAGUGUGAUGCACGGUCCCCCAGAUGUGGUGUGAGGGUCACAUGCUUCCUGCUAGCUGCUGGGGUCACUGACCUAGGGAGGAAAGAGAGGUGGCCUCUUCCCUAAGGCUGGUGAUUUGGGCCUAGAUGGCCCAAGGGCUUCCACUUACCGCAUAAGUGGGUGUGCCCUGCAUUAGUGCCCAGUGCAGCCUAAUCUAAGGUGGGAGUGCCCCUCCACUCAGCCCAUGGAAAUGAGAAGACCGCUAGGGCAUCUGUCACCCUGUCUGUCAAGUGGGCAGGCCCUUCCCUGCUGGUGACCAUCUGCACCCAGGGCAGGCUGUGGGGCAACGGAGGCUUGCAGAACUUUUGUCUUCAGGGAUGUCCAGCCUUGUGGGAGAGGUGAGGAGGCCUCACCCGUGGGGAGAGAUUAGAGACCAACUUCAGAGUUCCACCUGUCACUCAGGAGGGGCUGCGCCAUGAUCCCUGCCCCCCCUCCUGCCAACCACAGUGCUGGACUGGGCUACACUGGGGUCGGAGGGAUCAGCGAGGCCUCUGGUGGGGGUCAGGGCCUCUAUGGCCAGGGGGAACUUCAGGAGCACCUGAAUCUGUGCUUUUCAUGCUUUUCCUUGGAGCCUGAGGCCUGAGUAAGGGGAAGGGUUGGGGUCAAGGCCAAAACCCUGGAGUUAGAGCCCGAUCUGGAGCCAGGCCCUGGAGGGGUUCUGGAUGGACACAGAGAAGAGCAUUCCCAGGGUGAGGCAGCAAGUGCGGGCUGGAGGGAGAAAGGCAGAGCUGCGCGGUGGGCAUGCGGGGAGGAGCAGGGUUAGGGCCUAUAGAUGAACAUUUCUAGGGCUGCUGUGCGCUCCAGCCACGGAAGGAAGGCCACAGAACAGAUGGUGCCUGUGUUGGCCUCUGCAUGCCAGGCUCCAGGGGCGUCUCUCAGGACCCUGGUGUCUGGACCCUAGGAAAGCAGGACCGCGGGGAUCGGCAAGGUCGCCCUUCUUCCCCGCUCCGUUUUACACUGUAGAGGUGGGAAACCCAGGAGGCCAAGCCCCAGCUCCGAGCAGGAGAGGAUAGAGCUCUGUGUCCUGGCCUCUGUUCCAUCCAGUCCCCACAGGCUGUGGAAACAACCAGGAGGCUGAUUUGCCUUUCACCUCCCUGGCCCGAGCUCAAACGGGGCUUCGGAGAGGAAGCAGCUCACUGCCCCACCCACCCUUCACACCGGCCAGCCAAGCAGGACUUCUGGCCCUGGGGCCUGUCUGGGUGCCCUGGUCUGCGUCCCUGUGCCCCUGUGGGCCUCAGUUUCCCCAUCUGUCAUGUGGGAAUGAGGUGGGGUCAGCUGAUGGUCUCUGCCCUUUCGGCUCUAAGGUGGUGUUCGUCUGGAAUUAGGGCUUGGGGAAGGGCCCUAAUUCCCUGCAGCCAGGCUGGAGGGCACUAGAGGUGGAAAGGCCGUGAGGAGGGGAAGCUCUGGCCUCGCUUCUCUCACUGUGGAGCUGCCUGGGGCAGCAGCAAGGCUGUGGCCCUCCAGAGGGUGGGGUGUCGGGCUGCCAAGGAGAGGGUACCCGCUUAGAGGCCUCUGACUGCCCAGGGAUGCCUGUGGGGCCGUCCGUGGGCAGGGGACCGUGGCCGCAAGAUGGGGGAGAGGUUUUUCAGGGUGUAAUUAGUGCACUUUCUGGCACCCACCAAACUUCCCCUUCCUCUUGACAAUUUGCUGCCAAACAGCCUGAUUCCUGUGGACUUGCUUAAAUCUUAUCCAGGGGGGGGAAAAAAAAAACCAGAAGGAAAGAAAGAAAGGAAGAAAAAGAAAAAAAUAAUAAGUGGGUUGUUAUUUGUGAAAUUGUGUUUCCCAGCCAUGAGGGUGAGUCACACCAUUUGGGGCUUCAAGUUUCUUGUUUGGAUGAACUUUUCUCUGGGAGGCUGGGGCGGAUUUGGAGGGGGAGGGGCGUUCUGGUGUGGGGAAAGUCUUAGCGUCAAGAUAAGGGGACACCCUGAUGGUUGGGAAGUCCAGGUGCUCCAAGGCUGGGUGGGACAGUACUGGUUGUACCUCAAUUGCCUAGGGGAGCUUGAAAAAUACAGAUUGGGCUGCAGUAGGCGGGGGUGUUGUUGCUUCAUGGGGAUGGAGUUUCAGUCUGGGAAGAUGAAAAAGUUCUGGAGCUGGACGGUGGCGAUGGCUGCCCAGCAGCGUGAAUGCUCUUAAUGCCACUCAACUGUACACUGAAAAAUCAUUAAAAUGGUCAAUUUUGUUGUGUAUAUUUUGCCGCACACCUAAAAAUACAGAUUUCAGGCCUUCGAUUCCAGGUGGCUGCUUUGGUAGGUCUGAGGUGAGGCCCAGAAAACUAUUUGUCAUAAGCUUCCCAGGUCAUUCAAUGCAGGCUUGGGCACACUCAUGUAAUCUGUAAAAUGGGAUAGUGACCCAUAGAGUUGUGGGGAGAAUCAGCUAUCUCAAUACGUGCAAAAUUUCCAGUGCUAGGGUCACAGUAAGAGCUUGGUCUGUGUCACUAUUAUCCUCUGAUCUGGUUUUUAUCAGAACUCUCCCCGGCGCCCUGGAAGGUCGACCCCCAUUGGCUCCCACAGCUCCAGGGAUGGGGGACCCUCUGCUUCUCAGGGUGGACUGCUCCAUCUUGGGCUUAUCUGAGAGCUGCAGUCCCCCUCAGGCUGAACGCAGGUCGAUGUGGAAUCUUCCACUCUGGAUUUGGUGGUCGGGCCGGGCAGUGAUAGAGAAGUUACAGUCAGUAGGACCCAUUGAGAUCCUUCCCAAUCUCUAUAGAUGACUGUGUGCUGGGCUGGCCUGCGCCGGAUGUGGUGUCUGUGUCUUUCCUUCCACAUCCCAGGCUCUGCUCCAGAUGCACACGAGAGGGAACAGAGGCCCAGAAGGAAAGGGCUGUGGUCGCACAGCCAUGUGCCCUGAGGCACCAAGAACAUUAGUGACACCCAGAUGAUGAGGACCGUGUCGCUAGGAGGGGAGUGGCAGAUGCCUGCAAAUGGAAACAGUCGGAUGGCUGGGACACAUACUUGUGCAAAUGCUCCAGGCAGCCCGGAGCCCGUGACUCCUAUAAAUAGAGGCUGUAUAUACCAGGAGGGGGCCUGGGCCACGUCUGCUGUGAAGCUAAGCAAGAUGUCUGGUUCCUGUCAUCUGGAGGCACUGAGCAACAGUGUGUACAAGGGCGCGUCGCCCUACGGCUCCCUCAACAACAUUGCCGAUGGCCUCAGCUCCCUCACCGAGCACUUCUCAGACCUGACCCUCACCUCCGAGGCCCGCAAGCCCAGCAAGCGGCCCCCACCCAACUACCUGUGCCACCUGUGCUUCAACAAAGGACACUACAUCAAGGACUGCCCCCAGGCACGCCCCAAAGGCGAGGGCCUGACUCCAUACCAGGGCAAAAAGCGCUGCUUCGGCGAGUACAAGUGUCCCAAGUGCAAGAGAAAAUGGAUGAGCGGGAACUCCUGGGCCAACAUGGGGCAGGAGUGCAUCAAGUGCCACAUCAACGUGUACCCGCACAAGCAGAGACCCCUCGAGAAGCCCGAUGGCCUGGACGUGUCCGACCAGAGCAAGGAGCACCCGCAGCACCUCUGCGAGAAGUGCAAGGUCCUGGGCUACUACUGCCGUCGCGUGCAGUGACCAGCUGCCCGCUCGCACCCAGAGCCGCCCCCGACCAGCCCAAGGAGACGCUGCUUCCCUGUGCUGCUCCAAGGGGCUGCGUGUCGCCCUGUGCGUGUGGUGUCCUCGCAGGCCUGCGGGGCUGGGCCGGGGGCUCUUAGCGUCCUUGUCUUGUGUGUGUUGACAAACAGUGUUACUGACAUCGCUGCCCCCACAGGCCAGGGAAAGCAGGGAGUCUGGGGCUCUUUAGGUGGGCCUGAGGUCUCUGUGGAGGGGACAAAAGCAAGCAAAAGCCCAUGUCCAGGAGCCCCGGGUAUCCCCACAGACUCUCCUCUGAGAGCCUCUUUGGGGUGAGCAGCCUUGUAUUGGCCACAGGUGCACUAAAUUUACUGUGAAUCCCAAACUUCCCCCAGACCAGCCAGGCCGCCUGCCCCCACCCACAACCUUCCGGUUUGCCGGGUAUGGAAAGCCACUCUCGGAAAUCCCUGUUUCUUUCCUGAGUCAGCAAUCUUGGCAAGGGGACAUGUGUUCUAGCAGCUGCUGGGGAGUGGACCUCUCUGUCCCUUGCCCACUUUAAGCCCCAAAUCCUGACCCCCUCUGACAUCACUGGCAUUGCACCUGGGUGUGCCCCCCUCCCUACCCUAUGGACCCAGAUAGGAGGGGUUAGGCACAGGGGAGGCACGAAACGCUGGACGGAUGUGUCCUGGGGCACGUGAGCAGCCCCUCCCACGACCCCCACCAGACUGCCUUAGGUUUUGUCAGUCCCACUCCCCUUCCUUCCCCUGUGCCUCCCACCCACGCUGGGGGUCCACAUCAAGGUAGUUUGGCCCAGCGUGGAAGCCCAGCGUGUCUGUUCUAGCAGAAAGGACGCAAGCCUGGCGUUCUGGAGACCUGGGCUCAAGUCCUUGCCCUGCUGCUGACGCAUUCUGUCACCUUGGGCAAGGAAUUCACAUCUCCGGGCCUCAGUUUCCCCAUUAGUUAAAUGACAGCAUAACACCAGAGAGCAGAGGGCCCAUUUCAGCUCUGUGGUUCUGGGAUUCAUGCUGGCCCGGUGCUGUGUCCUGGAGCUUUAUUUGGGGAGUUUCACCCAGAACGGUGGGAGAAGCCUCCCGGGUGCCAGGUACCCCGCACCGUGACCCCUCACUUGGUGUCUUAGGAAGUCAGGCUGAGGGAUGCUGAGUCCUCCCCUGCUGGCCCCUACAGCCCCAGCCUUGCUUUUCAUCCCCAAUCCCUGCAAACAUGGAGGAGCCUCCUCCUUCUCACCUCGGUCUCCUAGCCCCUCACGUGGGGAACCCUGAGACAAGCCACAGAACCCCUCAUUUCUAAAAUGGGGACAAUAAUUUCCUACCUCCCAAGGGAGCAGAGAGGCCUCGUGGCACGUCCCUGGCCAGGGAGCCCACUGUCCUGACUGGCAGCGGGAUCGUGCGCUCCUCUGUCUCCCGGAUGAGAAGCCCCGUUUCCAUAGUCAUGACCCUUCCUUUCUCCCGGCUGUUAGAACUGGGUUUCUUGAUUUUGCCCCUACAUGAUGCCUCUGUGGGAAAAAAAAAAAAAAAAAAAAAAUCAGACCACGAAAUGGGCCUGAAAUUCAGUGUUUACCAUGGCCUCAAGGAUGCCCACCUGGUGUCCAGUUGCCUUUUGUAUUCAAAUGAAAAUGCUUUGUACAACUGAGGAGUUACAGUGAAGUGUUAACCAGGGGUCCAGGGAGCGAGUUGAAAAGAUGGAGUGAGUGUAUUUGCAGCCAGGGAGCUGCAGGGUGGAUUUGAGGGGCCAUACCCUCUGAGCACUUAAAAAAGGUACAUUUGCUCCAGGCAGCAGGCUGUGGACACUCUUGUCACCACUGGGGACUGCUACUAAGGACUCCCCGAGCGCGUUGUUCCCCGUCUUCUCCAAGGUGUUGAGGUGAGCUGGGGUUGGCCCCGGCCCAGGCUUCUGUCCUCAAGGAGAAGCUGCCACUGACAGUCAUCCUACUGCAUCACUAAAGAGAAUGUUCACAGUGGUGGGCAGUGUGCCUGUGCCAACCCUUCCAGAGACCCAGCCCCAUGUGGGACCUUGGCCCAAGGAUGCCUGGGGCCUGCCAGCUGUGCUGCAGGCCCCAGGGGGAGCCCACACCCUAAAAAGAACCCAGGUCCCUGACCACUGGAGGCCAGAGCUUCCCUGCACGGGCUAAGGGGAGUUGGGAUAUCACCCCAAAGUGACCUGGCCAGUGAGCUGUUCAGCAGGUAGCCAGUGCCCUGCCAUCUGUGCAGAGCCAGCCACCUUGGGGGCUGAGGUUCCCGCUUUGAGGUCCACCCCCUAUGCUCCCCUUGACUGGGCUCUGGCUGAACUGGGGAACUCUCUGUGGUCAGCAAAGCCACUGCCAUGUAGGCUGGGUGCCGUGAGAAUUAAGUGCUCACAGGGCCGGGAGCCCAGGGGACAGGAAAGUGUGUGGUUUUAGUAAGUUCAAAAGGGACAAUCGCUUGCAGUUGGUAGAUCUAGCGAUCUAGUUGGGAGAUUAUGGUGUUCACCCCGUAUGAAGUAUUCAAUAGUUCUACUUGUGAAUUUGUAUUUAUUUUGAGUUAUACUUGACACAGAAUUCCUUUUUUAAAAAAAAUACUAUGUGUGUAUUUUGGAAAAAAAAAUAUUCAUAGAUGUUAAAAUUUCUGCAUGGUUACCAGUUUUUCUCACAACACUGAAUUUGGUAGCUUUUCCCGAAAAAAUCUUCACAGUGAUUUUUUGUCUGUAUAUAUUUGAAGGCCUUUUUUUAAAAAAAAGAAAAAGAAAAGAAAAAUAUAAUUGUUUGAUUUUUGAGAAUAAACAAACAAACAAAAAGAGAGGCAUUUUCAAAACUUCAGAACUUUCAGGAGGGCAAGAGAAUAUCAAACAAAGAUUUCUGGAAGUAUUUUGCCAACCUUCUGGUUGAACUGCAAGAAAAUAUUUAUGGUGAGAACUUUUCUGUUUCCCGUUAUUGGGUUUUUGGUUGGUUUUUGUUUGUUUUUUACUAUGCUUUGGUCUGUAAAAAUAUGCAACUGAACUACAUUCAGAAGGAAAUAUUGUCUACAUAGAAUAUUAUAUGAAGUUGGUACAUAAUUCUGAUGAGGAAAAAAAUCUCUGCAAUUCUUUAAGCCAUAUUGUUUUUCUGUGUUGUUUUCCCUGGAUGAAAAUAUCAGUAUUAAGUAGCCAGCAUAUUAUUCAAGUGUUUAGGCUUAUUAAUAUGUUCUUGUCCUGUAUUUAUACAUAUGUGUAUUUUGAAAAGUAUUGCCUUUUUUAAGGGAAGCUAUAAUUUGAUACACAGUGAAAAAGGGAAUGGUGACCCCUUUGUGCCUCUUCCACUGAGGAUAACAAACAGCAUUGUAAUCCAUUCUCUGGCACCUUCUUCUUCUUAUCUUGUUAUUACGGUUUUAUUCAUUUUGUAGAGGGGCAGGGGGUGGGCGAGGGGAAGAAGCAGCUUAUUUGACUAACCGGCCCCUCUGUGGUCCACCAGCGUCUUGGCUUGGUGGGAGGGCUCUCGAUCAGCAGGGCCCCAGGAGGGAAGAAGAAGUGGGGCAAAGCCUGGCCUCGCCGCUCCGGAGCUUUGCCAUCUGAGCCGUGCCUCCUCCAGGCCAUGCUCCUUGAACUUGGAAAUGUCAACCGGAGCCCUUACACCAGCCCUCCAGCGUCUAAUAGACUUGAAUCUACUCUAAAUGAAUAUUUAAUCCAACCUCACUACAUUGUAGCUCAGUCCAACGACUAACCCUGAAAUGGGAGUAUUCCAGCCUUCAGCGAGAUGGCCAAGCAGUCCCCGGGGGCUGUGGCAGCGGGCUUAUCCCCUUCUCUGUUGCCAACCUUGCCGUCGGACCUCCUCCACCCCCAUGCGGUGACCCCAUCUGUGUCUGUGUCUGUCCAUACGUGUGAGUCCAGCUAAAAAGACAAAACAGAACCCGGGGGCCCAGCUCGGAGGGUGCGUGGAGAAGGCUCCGACAUCUCCGAAGUGCAGCCCUUGGGAUGGCAUUCCGUUGUGUGCCUUAUUCCUGGAGAAUCUGUAUACGGCUCGCCUAUAGAAAUAUAGCCUCUUCAUGCUGUAUUAAAAGGACUUUUAAAAGCAAAA